AGAUCAUUUUUGCUAAGUACCUCAUCGAAUCAAAAAAUGAAAGAGAAGAAACUUCGUCUACUAACAUCAGCCAAAAUAGAGAAUCAUACAAAAAUAUUCGCUUCGAUGUGUCCUGAUGAAAUUUUGGACCACUUCGAUGAUUAUCACACCAGAGAAUAUUACACCACUCUUAUGCUAGGUGAUGUUUCAGGUUUCACUGAACUCACGGAAAAGUACACAAGAACUGGUCAAGGAGGUCCCUCUAAAUUGACGGAAAUACUCAACAGUUAUAUUGGUGCAAUGGUUCAGGAAAUCCUAUCGCGCAAAGGAGAUGUACUAAAGUUUUCUGGAGAUGCGUUCAUUGUAAUGUGGAAAAUCCACGACGAUAUAGUGAUGCAGGAUGUAGCAGUAGAAGCUAUGCAGACAGCGUGCAUUAUUCAAAAGCAUUUUGGAACUUUCGAUACAGACGUUGGUGUUGUUUUAAAAGUAAAACUGGCAGUAGCAUCUGGAAAAAUAUUCUUCACGUCGAUUGGAGAUCCUGAAACUAUUUCUCAUUACAUCAUCACCGGAAGUCCUGUCUGGGAAUGCAAAGCAGCUGAGGGAUUAUGCCGCGGUGGGGAUACAGUUGUUGCGCCAAGUUGCUGGCAAUGGGCUAAUCCGAAUGAUUACGUUUACGAGACCAUGCCUGAUGGUAUUCAUACAUUAUUACUGGCGAGCACAGUUAUGUGGGAUCCAGAUGUAGACAGAUACUCGAGGAUAGAAAUUGAUUCAGAGCAUGAUAUGAAUACUUUGGAGGAUCAAAAUGUAACAUUGUUUAACAGUUAUACCACAGACAGAGUACCGGAACCUGAGGCUGCUCCGGUACUUCUCAAUCUAACAGGAGAUACUUUGGACGACUACCGUCGGUGGCAAGUGGAUUAUAGCCUUAGACCAAAGGUGAACAAAGUGGCAAAAGCCCAUAUGAAGAAUGCUUUGAGAUGCUACAUGAUAAGGCCGAUAGUUCACGCAGUAGAGAUGGACGAACCUAUAGAGUAUCUGACUGAGAUGCGUCAGGUAGUUAUUCUGUUUAUAAAUAUAAUAACAAAUGUCAGCCAGAAAAAAUUGAUUCGUUUGGUUGAUACUGCGUACAGAAUAGUUUGCGGAAUUGUAGAUAGCAUGCAAGGCUGCGUGAACAAAACUUCACUAUUUGAUAAGGAUCUUAUGUUCCUGUGCAUAUUUGGUCUUCGUGGUGACAAACAUGAGUUAGAAUCUCAGAUUGGCUUACGUUGUGCUUCAAAAAUUCAUGCAGCAUUGUCUGUACGAAAGAAUAUGGGAUCCAUUGCAAUUGGUGUUACGACUGGUAUGACUUAUUGCGGUGUCGUUGGACACAUAUUGAGAAGAGAAUACACUGUUAUUGGUAUGGCUGUCAAUAAAGCGGCAAGAUUGAUGUGCGCCUACCCUAAUCGUGUUGUCUGUGACCGAGAAAGUUUUCUUCGUUCUCGUUUAGAAGCAAGGCAUUUCAUUUUACAGGAGGCAAAGUAUUUGAAAGGAAUUAGCAAUGUUGGACCAAUUUAUGAAUUUGUUGAAAAAUUGGUACCAGAAGAUCAAGAUUCACGUGAAAACAUGUACCCUAUUUUAGGUAGAGAGGAGGAAUUGAAUACUUUUAGACGAAUGUUGCUAAAUGUGAUAAACUUUCACAAAAUGAAAAAAGAGCAGCCUAAUGCUCAAUUGAAACAUAACGCUCUGGUCAUAAGGGGUGAACCGAGGUCUGGAAAAACUAGAUUACUGGAUGAGAUGAUUCAAUAUGUUCCACCCACAAUACCCUGCAAUCGUAUAUCCCUUAUUCAAAGUGAUUACAAGUCCCCUUACACAUUGGUUUGUCUCAUUCUGUCCAUUCCUCUUGGAUUUACCGCAUCCUCGACACCUCAAGAGCGUGAAGAUAAGAUCGUUACUAAUAUGGGAAAAAUAUAUUUUCCACAUCUACUGUGUUCGCUUAAUGAAGUGUUCAAUGUCAAUUUUGAUAUCAGCAAUAAAUACAGAGAACUGCCAGACAGCGAAAAACGAGAAAUAACGGAAAAGCUCCUUGGCAAACUUAUGAGUCACACAUUUUCUCGACAAUGGGUGAUUCUAAUCGAUGAUGCUGAAUAUUGUGACAACGAAACAGCCUCUCUUCUACCGAUAAUAAUGAAAACCAAUCUUAUAUUCUUUGUCAUGGCAUUUGGGAACAAAGUGUCAUCAGAAUUUUCAGUACCACAUGAAGUUUCAAAAAAAGCAGAGAUUAUGAGCAUAUCAUUAAUUCGUUCAACUAUUACAGCAUUAAACUGCGCUAUUCAGGUCAUAGACUUGCUGGGAUUAGACAAAUGGUAUCACGCAGGGCUUGCGUGCCAAAUACUGGGAGUCAGAGCAAUUUCUGCAGAGUUAGAAAAAGUGAUUCAAGAAAAGAGUUCUGGUAAUCCCGGUUGGAUAGAAAGUUAUUUGGUAUGCCUUGUGCAAUCAGGUGAUUUGUUGAAACAAGAAAUAAAUAAAAACCAACUUCGCCAUCUCGGACUUGUGUGUCCUCCUGAAGAAAUGAUAUGCAGGUUGACAUCGGAAAAUCGGACUAGCCUGCAUCAUACCGAACCAAAAACGGCAGACGCGUGGCCCAUGUAUCAAUCCAGUUAUACGGAAAGUGCGAUAAAUCUAACAGAGAGAAAACUAUCAGAAGUAGCAGCUUCGAUCGAAGAUGUGACAUUAACGCCAGAUAUUAAAAUAUGCAUAACUUCGCCAACAUUUUCUAUCGAAGAUAGUGAUAUUGAAAUAAAGAUGGAUGUCGUGAUACUAAAAAUGUUCGAUGCAUUGUCCCCGCUUGAUCAGUUACUGCUCAAAACGGCUGCUGUACUCGGGGAAACAUUUAACAGAUACAUGCUCACUACCCUUUUGGAAAGUACAACUGAACGAGAAUUCGCAUUAGCCAUUAAAAGACUGUACGAGUUGAAAAUACUAGCCUGCGCAAUGGGAGAUUUUAAGCGAAAUUCAGGUGCCAUGGUCCAUCUAAGGAAAUUUAGGAACAUUAAUACAAGUUCGGAAAUUCGCUGCGCUUGUACCGGCAUUGCUAUUACAGAAGCUUGUGCUGAUUUACCAAAAUAUGCUUCCUGCGGCCUUAUACGCUUCAAGAUAUCUAUGUUCAGAGACACAAUGUACAGGCUACUGACAGAGAAUCACAAGGUUGAAAUUCAUGACAAAGCUUUGAAAUAUCUUCAACAGAGGACAAGACGGUGCGAGGCAUGCGGCGGUGGACAUUUUGCAAAGCUUUUGGGUGUGAAAUAUGAAGAAGACCAACGUGAAAAGAAAAGUCGUGAUGAAACUAUGAGUUACCUACUACAUCUGACUGAUUUUCCAGUUGAGAAACAGACAGUGAAUUCUCAAAUAAAAAAUAUAGCUGAGGAACAUAUUGGUUGCCUCGCAGCUUUCAAGCCUGUUAAGAAAAGCCCCACCCGCACAUUCUCUAAUUUAGACUUCUCUGAGUGUCAAUGCAAUUCGAUACUUGUUACCACGUACACACAAGUUGUGGAUCAUUGUCAUAGCAUAGGGCGCAAAGACAAAAUGUUGAUAGCGAUAUUGGAAUUUGUUGAGGUAUCACUGUCGUCAAGAAAUAUUCCGCAGGCAAGAAAAUUACUGCAUGACGGAGAAUUAAUUUUGGAACAAGUGAGAACGAUGCAACUACAACUUGAAUUACAGAUGAAAGGAUUGAGUGAAGACGAGGCUAUAACUAUACCCUAUUUGACGGGAAAAAUUCAAACUCUCCAUGGACGAUGUUGUCUCGAAUCUGGUCAACCUAAACUGGCUUACGACUAUUUACACGCGGCUAUAAGAAGCCUGGGGCAUAAAUAUCCAAAGAGCAUACUUGCCAAUAAAUUCAAGGCGAUGCUUUCUCUUCAAUAUCAAAAAUUGAUGUUCAGAUUCUUACGCAGUUGUACUGUCGGUGUUGCAAAUGAAUAUGCCGCUGACUUUAGUGAUCAACUGGCUAAUUGUUUAGUUCAAAUGUUCAUAUUAUUCAGGACAAAUCGGUUGUGGCAUCAUAGUCACUUGGCUGCCAUAUGGGGUCUAAAUGCAGCACUCGAAUCAAAUCAAGAUUUCUUUGUGCUCUGUACUACAUAUGCGCACAUGAUCGUAGUAGCACAUCACUUCAAUCACAAAAGUAUAAUAACGGAUUUGGAAAAUCAUGCAAUAAUCGUGUGUUGCCGUAAAGAAGAUGCCGUUGAAUUGCAGGAGUUAAAAGCUGUCGCUGAAUUGUAUAAUGUGAUUUUUCGGUCACGUUGGAGAAGAGGAGCGAUAGACAACGCACUGAGUAUUGGUUUUACCACCAUGAAAAUCUGCCACACCAUUCAUGCUAUGUCGAUAAAACUUUCUUUGCUACCUAUACUGACUCAUAUAUUACUUCUGAAGUGCCAGUAUAGCGAUGUUGUUUCGAUGCUAAAUGAAAUGGAUACACUAGCUAACGAAGAUGCGGAUAAGGCAGGUAGGACUUGGUAUUAUGCUCUUUGCGUGGAUUUGCAACUGGAGUUCGGGCUCUCUGUUAUUUCAUUUCGCAAGUGCGAACAGUAUUAUCAAGAGGCCGGUAGCACAAUUAUAUCAUUUCGAAAUCCUCAUGCAGAAAAACAAUAUUUUACCAAUAUGUGGCUAUGGUGUGUCAGAAAUGAUGAUUGGGAGGCCGCAGCGGUUUGGGGAAGCAAGAUUCCACCCAUAUUUUUCGAUUAUAAUGCAGAUACAACUAGCGAUUUGUUAGUGGCAUUGAAAAAACUUGAAGGACUUCUUAUAUUAUAUGUCCACAGAGUGGAUACUAAGAAUGCAAAGGCUAAUUUACUGACGCAUAAGGAAAUUCGCUCACUGUUUAAAGUAAUACAUACAGCAGUCCGGCCAAAAAGUAUUGCAGCACCGAGGUUCCUGCUGUUACGGGCAUAUUAUAAGAUGAUCCGAAACCGAACUGCUGCAGGGAUGAAAUUGGUGCAAGAAUCGCAAAAACUUGCAUUCGCGCAGAAAAAUAAAAUGAUUCAUCAGUGGGCUAUUCACUGUGCAAAGGUUUCCUGUUUUCAGGUAUGGAAUGGUGCUAUAAACCCGAUUCAACGUGACUUUUGGAAGGAGCACUGUACUUUGAAUAGCGUUUUGGAUUGGCACGAAGUUGACAUGAAUAGCUGCAAAGUCGUACCAUUUUCACUGCCAUUACCAAAAUAUCCUCAUUAGUUCGUACUUACAAUUAGUUUUAAGUAUCGCCUAAGAUUCGUACAGUCAAAACAAUGGCUGCAUCUAUUGGCAAACAUACUGGUCAUUAAUUGCACAUUCCACAUUUUACUACAGUUGUAUCAACAAUACGGAAAUAAAUGACCUCAUUAGUAUCGGGUCUGUCAAAAUAUGUACAUUGAAAAUUAGCGAUU